UUCUUUCUGCAUUAUUCACAGAGACCAAAUUGAAGAAUGCAGUUCAGAUCUACUUGAUAAAGUGGGUUUAUCUUCCAUAUUGAAGUCACUAGAGGAAAAUGCUGUAAAGUUCCUGAAGGAUGAGCUGAAGGAGAUCACAAGGUAUCUAGGUCAGAAUUACCCAGAAUGCUCUGAGCCUCAGCUGGAGGAGGACAAUGACCUGGAGAGUGAUGGUCAUAUGCAGAACACCUGUGGUAGAGAGGGAGCUCUGAAGAUCACACUGUACAUUCUGAGGAACAUGAAACAAGAUGAUCUUGCUGAUAUGCUGGAGAAGAGGAAGCUCAUGCAAUGUCAGAAAAUGCUCAUGCAAUGUCAGCACAGAAUAAAAUGUAACCUGAAGAAGAAAUUCGAGAGUGUGUUUGAGGGGAAAGCUAAGGAAGGACAGCCAACACUUCUCAAUGAGAUUUACACAGAACUCUUCAUAACUGAAGGUGGAACUGGAGUCAAUGAUGAACAUGAAGUGAGACAGAUUGAAACAGCAUCCAAGAAAAGGCGAACAGAAGAUACUACAGUCAAGUGCAAUGAUAUAUUUAAACCCUUAUGUGGGCGUGAGACACCUAUCAGAACUGUACUCACUAAAGGGGUUGCAGGUAUCGGGAAAACAGUCUCUGUGCAUAAAUUUAUUCUAGACUGGGCAGAAGGAAAAGCAAACCAGGAUGUUCACUUCGUAUUUGCUCUUCCUUUCAGGGACCUGAAUUUGAUUAAGGAUGAAUACAGUCUGAUUGAACUACUUCACCACUUUGUCCCAGAUCUGAAAUUAUUUAAAUCAUCUGAGCUGUUUAGGUACAAAAUCGUGUUCAUCUUUGAUGGUCUAGAUGAGUGUCGCCUUCCUGUAGAUUUUCAGAACAGUGAGAACUGGUGUGAUGUAACAAAGAAAAUGUCACUGGAUGUGCUGUUGACUAACCUCAUUAAAGGGAAUCUGCUCCCAUCUGCUCUCCUCUGGAUAACCUCCCGGCCAGGAGCAGCCACUCAGAUACCUCCUAAGUGUUUCCACCGGGUGACAGAGAUACGAGGAUUCAGUGAUGCCCAGAAGGAGGAGUAUUUCAGGAGGAGGUUUAGUGAUCAGAGCCUGGCCAGCAGGAUUAUCACACAUGUGAAAUUAUCACGGAGCCUGUUCAUCAUGUGCCACAUACCUGUUUUCUGCUGGAUUUCAGCUACUGUCCUUGAGAUGCUUUUCAGUGAGACUGAUGGUGGAGAAAUUCCAAAGACUCUGACUGAAAUGUACACACACUUCCUGAUAUUUCAGACAAGUUUAAAAAAUGACAAGUACCUGAAAAAACAUCAUUCCAAGCUUAGUAAAUGCCCUGAAUCUGCCAAGGAAUUUCUUUUAAAACUUGGUAAACUGGCUCUUCAUAACCUUCAGAAAGGCUUUCUCAUAUUUUAUGAGCAAGAUCUGACAGAGAAUGACAUUGGUGUCACUGAAGCUUCAGUUUACUCUGGAGUGUGCACAGAAGUCUUUAAAGAGGAGUAUGGGUUGUACCAGGAGAAGGUGUACUGCUUUGUGCAUCUGAGCAUCCAGGAGUAUCUUGCUGCUUUAUAUAUGUUUCUAUCAAACUCAACAGCUGACCUGCUGAAGACUGCAGUGGAUGAGGCAUUAAAGAGCAAAAAUGGACAUUUGGACCUCUACCUCCGCUUCCUCCUGGGCCUCUCAACAGACUCCAGUAAAACUCUAUUACAAAGGCUACUGGGACAGACAGGAACCAGCUCAGAUGCCAUUAAGGAAACAACUCAAUACAUCAAGGAGAAAAUACAGGAGAAUUUAUCUCCAGAAAGGACCAUCAACCUUUUCCACUGUUUGAAUGAACUGGGUGAUAAUUCUCUAGUAGAGGAAGUGCAAAGAUACCUGAAUUCAGAAGACCUCUCACCUGCACAGUAUUCAGCUCUGGCCUUUAUGAUGCUGAUGUCAGAUGAGGAACUGGAUGUGUUUGAUCUGAAAAAAUUCAUCAGAUCAGAUAAAGAGCACUGGAGGCUGCUGCCUGUGGUCAAGACAUCGAGGACAGCUCUGCUGAACAGCUGUAAACUCACAGAGAAAUGCUGUGAUUCGCUGGCUUCAGCUCUCAGAUCAAACUCCUCACCCCUGAGAGAGCUGGACCUGAGUGACAAUGACCUGCAGGAUUCAGGAGUGAAGCUGCUCUCUGCUGGACUGGGAGAUUCAUACUGUAAAUUGGAGAUACUAAGGCUGUCAGGCUGUAAAAUCACAGAGAGAGGCUGUUCUUCCCUGGCUUCAGCUCUGAGGUCAAACCCCUCACAGCUGAGAGAGCUGGAUCUGAACUUCAAUCACCCAGGAGACUCAGGAGUGAAGCUGCUCUCUGCUGUACUGGAGGAUCCCGAAUGUAAAUUGGAAAAGUUGAAGGUGGAACGGUGUGACCUCACAGAGAAAUGCUGUGAAGCCCUGGCUUCAGCUGUAAGAUCAAAC